CAACCCGAAAUCAAUUUUGGUUUCAGGCGAACCUGGUAUCGGAAAAACGCUUUUCUCGCACAAAAUCCUAAGAGACUGGUCAACAAAUUGCAUAUCGAUCCCUAAAAUUAAGUUCACGUACCUGAUAACGUUCAGGCAACUAGUCAUGCUUGGCAACAAAGAGCUCACCCUCAGAGAACUGCUUAAUCGCUCCCCUCUUCUGAACACAAGCACCAUGAUGGACGAUACAGUAAUGGCGCACGCCAUUCACCAUUCAGAGCAGUUCUUCGUURUCCUUGAUGGMUUUGAUGAAUACGAAGACCACAACAAAAUAUUGGGAAGUUAUGAAAGCCAAUUCCCCAAUGAUGCAGAAACCAAGAUGCCGGUAGCUGCUCUGGUCAGCAAACURAUCAAAAAAGAGAUCUUGUGCGAUUCUGUCAUCAUGAUAACCUCAAGACCAGGCAAAGCCGACGAGUUGGAMGGAGAACUCCACUUUGAYCGAUGUGUGGAAAUAACAGGUUUCUCAGAAGAACAGGUCCUUCAAUAUGUUGAGAAGUAUUUCAACUCUAAACCAGAAGAAGUAAAAGAAAUGGCCAUGGAGAAAGUCAAAACAACCGCACAUUACAUGUCAUUUGGUCGCGUCCCUCUGAGGUGUUUGUUCGUGUGCCAAGUCAUCGAGUGGGAAAUCAAAAACAAAAUUACUAGAAAUAAUUUAGUUCCUCUUACACUCACUCAGUUUUAUCGUGAAAUUAUUAGUUGCCUAGAAAGAGCUAAUAGAGAGAUGGAUAGUUUAGAUAAGGAAGAGGCUUCUCUGGCUGUUGAGAAAACCCUCCAUAACUUUUCUGAAUUAGCCGCACAGUUAGCUGAACAAAAUCGCUUUGCUUUCACUCAAAAAGACUUAGAAAAGCUAAAAUUACCUGAAAAUGAAAUAUCUUACCUUAAAUCAAGUAAUUUAAUAUUUUGUUAUCCUGUUGCCAGUGAUUCUCCAUUCCCACAAACAACUCUUGAGUAUAGUUUUUCACAUUUAACCAUUCAAGAGUUUUUUGUUGCUUGUCAUUUGGUGAAGAAGCGCGCAAUGGCGGCACAAGAAACCUCUGACAUGGUACACAUAUUCACGAGUGGUUUGUUGGGUUUAGAUCAGGAGAACAACAACGAUAAAUGUAUGUCGAAAGUACUAAAGUCUGUAUGUAAACAAGGGAUGGAUGACUUGCAUGGAUGGAGACAACGCGUUGUGUUAUUGCGCUGUCUCCAUGAGUACGGCCUAGAGAAAGAAUUCACAAGACAAGAACUGACUACAAAUCCUGACUACAGAUACUGGUCUAGUGGUGGGAGGAUUGGAUUAGAAGGUGUAACCGACACGGACUGUGAUGCACUCGCUAUGUUAUUAGAAUCCACUGCUACAUCAAUAUCAUCACCACCACUCACAUUGUACAUUCAAUGGUCACAGAUAACCAUUACCAUGUUAAAUAGAUUGUUGUCAUCUCUUCAUUCAAACUCCACAAUCACUAGACUGGGGCUGGCGUGGUGUAGUUUGAAUGAUGAUCACGUAAAGUGUUUGUGUAAAUAUUUAAGUAACACUCACAUCACCUGGCUAAACCUGUCUCACAAUAACAUAUCAGAUGUAGGGGUGCAUCACAUUGUACAUAACAAACCUAGUAAA